UGAUAGAAUCCAUUGAUCAAGAUAUAUAAGGAGGCUUCAGAUAGUCGAACAUAUAACCCGAUACAUAACCCGAUCGAUACAUAACUCCGUGUGAUUCGUGUAAAGAGUGAAAUUAAAGGGAAAAACUUAUAAACAGCAAGAUGAAAGCAAUAUUCCUCGUUGCGCUUUUGGUGUGCCUGCUGAGUGUAUUUUAUGUCCAAGCGCAAAACGAAGUGCGAUGCCCAAGCAGAGUGCCAGGUGAAGACGAGGAGGCUAUUCUCAUUCCUCACCCCACCAACUGCAAACAUUACUUCGUCUGUGAUUAUGGCCGAGCAAUUGUGAUGAAAUGUCCCGAUGACUUACACUUCAAUCCCAUAAAGAAAGUUUGCGAUUUUCCAUGGCAAGCUGGAUGCGCGGCUAAUAAUUUCUACUUAUAAUUUCAAGCAAUAUAUCGAUGUGUGGACCGCUAUUGUAUUGUAUUACGUUAUCACUGCACGACUUAAACGGACGGCAUUGUAUUGUACAUACUUUUGAAUGAAUAAAUUAUCCAUUAGUUAAUAUUA